AAGUUGGUAAACAUUAGUUGGAAGCUGUAGGGAUGAGCUGUAAUGAAGUUAAUUUUGAGUGGUAAAUAAUCUUACGUUGAUUUGUAGGUGUUUGAUUUUCAAUGUAAAUUCUAGAAAGAAAUAUAUUGUUACUUUUGUUCCUUUUACAAUGAAUUUCAAACACACAUAAACUGAUUUCUCUAGGUAGAUUUUCGAAACUACAGUGAGAAUGGGAAAUCAAUUAACUGGUAUUGCACCGUCUCAAAUAUUUCCUGUGGAAUAUUAUUUGGCAGAUCUUCAAGACUUUUCAUAUGAUCAGAAUUUGGGAAGUACCAGGUUUUUCAAAGUUGCACGAGCAAAACAUAAAGAAGGUCUUACUGUAGUAAAAGUGUUUGCUAUUCGGGAUCCUUCUUUGCCUUUGAAGGCACACCGGGAUCGAUUGGAUGAAAUAAAGAAUUUGUUGAAAAAUGUUCCUAAUACUGUGCCCUUCCAAAAAUCAAUACUCACUGAUAAAGCAGGUAUAUUAGUUCGUCAGUAUGUUAAAGAUAAUUUAUAUGAUAGGAUAAGCACAAGGCCAUUUUUGAACAGUAUUGAAAAGCGGUGGAUUGUAUUUCAACUCCUGCAAUGCUUAAACCGUUGCCAUAAACUUGGGGUAUAUCAUGGUGAUAUUAAAUUAGAAAAUAUUAUGAUUACGAGUUGGAAUUGGGUUCUUCUUACUGAUUUUGCAAGUUUUAAACCCACUAAUUUGGCUGAGGACAAUCCAGCAGACUUUUCUUACUUUUUUGAUACAUCUAGGAGGAGAACAUGCUAUAUUGCUCCAGAAAGAUUUAUCAAAACUAUGAGUUCAUCCACUACAUACCCUACAGCUAUUUCAACAACAUCAUCUAGCGGUAGCUCUAUUGCUCCAGCAUCACCCUCCUUAAUCAUUCAUGCAGAUGAAAUAAAAACUGGUGAUUUAACUGCUGCAAUGGAUAUAUUUUCUCUUGGGUGUGCUUUAACUGAAUUGUUCACUGAAGGCAGUUCUCCGUUUGAUUUCUCACAGUUGCUACAAUACAGGAGUAAUGAAUACGAUCCUGAAAAAGUUUUAGAAAAAAUUGAGGAUUCAAAUAUCAAGAAACUAGUGCAGAGCAUGAUGCAAAAAGAUCCGGCUGCUCGUUUGAAUGCCUCAGAAUACUUGGAAUUGCAGCGGGAUAGAGCAUUUCCGGAGUACUUUUAUGUUUUUCUGAGUGAUUAUAUGAAUAAGUUUGCUUCUAAUCCCAAAUCAACUGAUGAGAAAAUAUAUAGGUUAAAAAAGGAUAUAAACAAGAUUAUUGAAGUUAUAACUGCAUACGAGAAACAAACUAGUGUAAAUGGAUCUUCUAACAAUAAAGAAAAUGUUGUCAGUGAAGGUUUAGUUCUGAUAGUGCCUUUGUUAACAUCCUCAUUACGUGCAUUAAAGCAUUGUUCUGCAAAGCUCAAUGCUCUAGAAGUUCUUAGGACAAUGGCUAAUUAUCUCAGCCCUGAGAUCAUUCUGGACCGAUUACUUCCUUAUUUGGUGUUUCUCGCCAAGGAUAAAUAUGCAAAAGUUCGUGUAGCUGUUGUUCAAACUUUAACUGAAUGUUUAAGUCUUAUAAAGAGUAUUCCAAGAAGUGACAGCAACAUAUUUCCCGAAUACAUUUUGCCAAAUUUGGCUCAUAUCGCUCAUGAUGAAGCAGUUAUUGUACGGAUGGCAUAUGCUGAAAAUAUUGCUUCUCUGGCUGAAACAGCCCUCAAAUUUUUAGAAAUGACUCAAUCUGACAUGGAGCCAGAUCCAGAUAGUACAUUCCUUAAUGAUGAUGAACGCACUCAUCAUAACAAGGUGUCCUAUGAUCAUGAACUGCAAGCUCUUCAAGAACUUGUCCAACAAAGUGUCACGACACUUUUAAGCGACCCUGCUAAUGCUGUGAAACAGACCCUGCUUGAGAGAGGAAUUAGAAGACUUUGUGUGUUCUUUGGAAGACAAAAAGGUAAUGAUGUUCUGCUCUCUCAUAUGAUAACAUAUUUGAAUGACAAGGAAGACAGACAUUUACGAGGCUCAUUUUUUGAUUCUAUUGUUGGUGUGGCUGCUUAUGUUGGUUGGCAGUGCUGUCCUAUACUGAAGCCCCUUCUACAACAGGGUCUGGCAGAUUCUGAAGAGUUUGUGAUAAGCAAAGCAUUGUGUGCAUUAUCUGAAUUAACAAAGCUGGGACUUGUUCAGAAACAGAUGUUGUAUGAUCUUGUAAAUGAAGCAAUACCUUUAUUAAUUCAUCCUAACUUAUGGAUUAAGCAAGCUGCUAUAGGUUUUAUUUGUGUUGUUGCUAAAUCUUUGAAUCUGGCUGAUGUGCAAUGCAAACUGGUUCCACUACUUCAACCAUUUCUAAAGCAUCAAGUUAUACAAGUUGAUCAAGAGUUGGUUUUGUUGAAUGCUGUUCAAGAUCCCUUGCCUCGAUGUCUGCUUGACUAUUUAAUUAAAUUGCCAACAUUAAGAAAUUUCCUUGAAAGCUUAUAUCAAAGAAAAAUUUCCAGAUCUGUGACAAGACCUGGUUACCAGGCUCCUUAUCGAGAAGUGGAUCCACAUCUUACGACGAUAUAUAAUCGUAUGCAAUCUGAUGGGAUGACUGAAUUUGUUGAAGAUCAAAUAUUGGCAAUGAAAGACCAUUUGUUUAAAGUGCAUGUAAAAAAAGCAAGCAUUAGCGAUGGACACUCUUCGUUAUCUGAAAAAGAUCCAGGAGAAAUAGAUUUGGCAUUGUUGCCCGACCCACCACAAACUUACUCACUUUCUCUAGCUAGGAAAAAAACUUCAAAAAAGAAAUCAAAUGUUGAAUCUCCUACAGUUAACAUGAAUGAGGAAUGGCAACACAUGUUUGGAACCAGUGACUUGAGAAGUCCACCAUCACCUAAAUUCCAAUUCCAACAUCAGGACUCUGAUUCAUCUUUAGGCUCAUUUCCUAAAACAUCUUCAAGUGGUAAACUUGUAGAAGAAGGAAGUGAGUUUGUUGUACCUUCUGAUGGUAAGGAUUCACCUGUACAUCUUGGAGGUUUAGAAGAGCGUCUCAAACCAAACCAUUGUGCUCCUUGCCAAGAAGAGCUGUUUGCUUUAAUUCAUAAAAAGCAGGAAGAAUGGAUUAGUGAUGACAUUAUUAGAAAAGCUAGCGAACUUGACUUGAGGGAAGAAAAACCUACUGUAAAUAAGAAGAAUGCAAAAACUCCAUCUGGAUAUUUAAUUGCUCAUCUGCAUGAACAUCGAAAAGCUGUUAACAAACUGCAGAUUAUACCAAAUACCCCUCUUUUUGCCUCUUGCUCGAAUGAUGGAACUGUAAAAAUAUGGGAUUGUGAAAAAAUGGAAGGGAAAAAUGUUGCCAAUCGGUCAAAAUUAACCUACAAUAGGUUAGAUGGCCCUGUGUCAUGCAUGACUAUGUGUCAAAAUAUGCAAUCUGUUGCUGCAGCUUCAGAAAAUGGAAACAUCCAUGUGUUCAGGUAUGAAAACACAAAAUCCACUCUGCUGUAUACAAGAAGUCUUGAUCCUAUUGAAGAAGGAUGUGCUGUGGAUAUUGAUUACUUUGACACAGGAAGUCAAUCUGUGCUUGCUUAUGCAACUGUUACUGGAUCUAUUGUUGGUUGGGAUUUACGAUCACCUGGAACAGCAUGGAAAUUGGAAAAUAGUCCAUGUCAAGGUUUGGUUACAUCAUUUUGUACUGAUCCCCAUCACUGUUGGUUAGUUGUUGGAACUGCUAGUGGUAACAUGGUGUGCUGGGAUUUAAGAUUUCAACUACCUAUCACAACAGUUACUCAUCCAGCUGGCGCAUGUAUUCGCAAUUUAUUGGUUCAUCCUCGGAAAAAAUCUGCUAUAUUUGCUUCUGUACAAGGGAAUAAUGAAGUUUCUUUAUGGGAUUUGGAAUCCCAAGGACGCCUGUUGACAUUAUGGACAAUUAAUAAUGCUCCCCCUUUAUCACAAACUGAGGCUUCAGAUGAUUCAGUAUAUUCCAUGUGCUGGUCACAAAUGGAGCACUCGUCUGCGCUAUUGACUGCUGGUUCAGAUCGGCGAAUUCGACAUUGGGAUUUGAGAAACCCUUCUAAUUCACAUAUAGUGGUAAAUGCAGCUAAUGAUCCUCUUCCACCAAAUUCAAAUAUCAGUUACACGUGCAGAUUAAUUGAUGGGACUGAAGUAAUAUGUGAAAACUUAUUACGUUUUAAAGAUGAAAAAUCUUCCUCGACUGAAGAUCAGCCAAAACGGUAUCCUGAAAUGCCUCCUGUGGGUCAUCACGAUAUCAUAAGUUCUAUUAGCACUAUGCAAACAUCACAACCUUUGAUUUUAUCUGCAUCUAAAGAUGGUGUUAUUAAAGUUUGGAAAUGAAAGUUGCAACUUUUAUUUACAAACAUGUUGUUCCUGGUGAAUCAAAUUAAUGAAUGAGAAGUAUAUAAUGAUCAUGAAAUAUCCUUGUGCAUUUUUGUACAUUUAAGUAAGCUCUUUAGUCACAAUAUUGAUUGCAAGUUUUGUGUUUUGAACCUGUACAUAAAAAUUAUGGAAACUCUUAAUUUAUUUUUUUUUAAUCAAAAUGAUUCAUACACAUGAAAAAAAAUAGAUUGUGUGAAUAAAAGCUAUAAUUAUAGUAAGGAAAAUAAAUUAAGUGUAAUGGAAUUAAGCUUAAUUAUAUUUUAUGCUUUACUAAUUUUAAUUAAUAAGCUUAUGACUUGAUUUUCAUACAUACAUACAUACAUAUAUAUUUGUUCUUGUCAGAAACAAAAUGUAUCAUAAUGUAUAAUAAAUUUAAGAAUUUUCAG